AGUUACGCAUGUACACAAAUGAAGGUUUUAAAUGUUGUUAUACUUUAGUUUAUAUGCUGUGUAAACUCUUUUUUUUAUUUUGAACAUUUAGAACAAAUUCAAAUUUAUUAUUCAUAAUUUUAGCUUAUUUUAAAAAUAUAUAAUAUUAAUAAAAUACUCGUUAAACAUAAAUACAAUAAGAAAUGUGUGAUGUUUUGUGCUUUGGAAAUACCACCGACGGACAGCUCGGACUGGGUGGUAUCGAAGAGGAACAAAUAUUUUCCGCUAGACAAAUUAAAUUUUUAUCCAACAAAAAAAUAAAUGAAAUCAGCUCCAACUUCUUCCACUCCUUAAUUUUAACAGAAGAUGGCACGGUUUACAGCUGUGGCAGUAAUGACUAUGACCAACUGGGGCAUGACAAACCCAGGAGGAGGCCAGAGUUUAUUGAUGCCCUGGAAACAAAGACAAUAGCAAAUGUAAGAAGUGGUCUGCAUCAUAGUGUUGCCCUAACAAACCAAGGCCAAAUAUACACGUGGGGAAGCAAUGAAGAAGGUCAGCUUGGAACCAACACUAAGGAAACCACGGCAUCGCCUAAAUUAGUUAAAUAUUUCUCUGACAUGGUGGUUGUGCAAAUUGCAUGUGGACACCAUCACACCCUGGUUCUCACUGAUGAUGGUCGUGUACAUACAUGGGGCAGCAAUGAAUGGGGACAGUUAACAGUUAACCCCAAAAUUCACCCACAACCAUCUUCUCAGCCGAAAGUAAUUUCUCGUCUGCAUGGCUUGCCCAUCGCACAGAUUGCCUGUGGGGCACAUCACUCUUUUGUACUAACGGUCUCAGGGGCAUUGUUCGGUUGGGGAUUGAACAAAUUUGGACAGCUGGGUGUUGGUGAUCAAUUAGGUCGAGUCGAGCCAGCUUUGGUGAGCAUGUUGAGGUCUCAGGAAGUUGUCCAUGUGGCAUGCGGGGAGAACCACACCGCUGUUCUAACCAGGAAUGGAGGGGUGUUCACCUUCGGAGCGGGCAUGUAUGGUCAGUUGGGCCAUGGCAACACAAGUUCAGAAUCCAAUCCUAAGAAGAUAUUUGAGUUGAUGGGCUUCGUUGUCUCUAUGGUUGCCUGUGGGAGAAAUCACACGGUGGUUUACGUUGAGUCCAAGUCGAAAGUUUACACAUUCGGCCUGGGCAGUAAUGGUCAGUUGGGUAGCAACACUCGCUCCAGCUCAGCUGAACCAACCGUUGCCAAAAGUUUGGCGUUGAAAAAGGGCACCUUCGUUAGGUGCAUAUAUGCUGGAGGCGACCAAACGUUCGUCGUCAUCAGUGACUCACAGUCCAAGUACCCUCAGGUAGACAUGAGGGUAGCACAUCCGUCUCAACAAAUUAGGACAAUUAGUAAUGAACUCAUCAAACAUCUAUCUUCAAGCCACAAAUUAGACGAUGGCACAGAAAAGGACAUUAAGAAGGUCUUCUCAUCAGUCUCCUGUUGGAAUGCAUCCUUUCUAAAUAAGGAGAAGUUACACGAGUCCUGUGAUAAGAAAAACCAUGGAGUCGAUAUAACAGCAUGUGAAAAGAUGUUCCAAGCCAUCUACAACUGCAACUGCGGAGCUGUUAAGGACCUUGUAGAUUCAACAGUUGAAAAUUUGGUAGCGUCUCAGUUGGUAGCUGUUUAUUUGGAUAUGGAAGCAAUCAAGUGGGCAAUAUCUCUGCCGGCAACCUACUACUUCGUGAAAGUCGACCGAUAUCUUGACACUGUGAUUGCACCAUUCGUUAGGUCAUUAAAUGAUGUCGAUCGCUCCUUCCCUGGUAUAUUGGAAAACUGGUGGCAUUCGUGUAUUUUAGAAUAUCAAAUACAUUUAAUAAAGGUGGUUCUCUAUUAUGUGUUCAUCAUCUUUUCAACGUCAUCACAUUACAUGAAAUCUUAUUUCAAUGGAAUCAUAAUUAUAAUCAAUAUCUUCCAAAAGGUCCUCAAAAAUAUAGUUCUUCCAGUUUUGAAAGACAUAGAGCGCCUAGUUAACCAACUACGUGACAACCCCCUGGACUACACAAUAUUUUACAUAGAAGGCCUUGAUGACCACACCGACCUUGACAUCGACUAUAUCAUCUGGACUCUCAAAAAUGUACUGCAAAUGAAAACAGUUCCAUUCUGCGACUACCCCUUCAUAUUCAACGGCAUGUGCAAGACGAAACUGCUGCAUGCCGACUCCAAAAUUCAAAUGGGUGUUCCCGUCAAUGAAGCUCAGCAGCAGAACUUAAUGAGUUGGUUCCUGCCAGUCAAUCCCCAGAAUCCCACUUUGGACAUCCUCGUUUCCAGGAACAACAUUGUCCAGGAUACCUUAUCCCAGCUAUCCAAACAUGAGGACAAAAGUUUCAAGAAGCCAUUGAAGGUGAUAUUUCUUGGUGAAGAUGCAUUGGAUGCCGGUGGUUUGAAGAAAGAGUUUUUCAUGCUGCUGCUGAAGGAUCUGUUAGAUCCCAAGUAUGGGAUGUUCCUCUAUUCUGAGGAAUCCCGACUCAUUUGGUUCAACUCCCAUUCCUUCGAAGCUAGCGACAUGUACCGACUGAUUGGUGUCAUUUGCGGACUUGCCAUAUACAACAACAACAUCAUCAGCAUCAACUUUCCUCUCAUUUUAUUCAAGAAACUUCUCAACAAGUUACCUGCAACUUUGGAAGAUUUGAAAGAAUUGCAGCCAACAACUGCCAGGGGACUCCAAACUCUGCUGGACUACAAGAAUAACGAUAUAACCGAGGUCUUCGCCUUAACAUUCGAGAUCACAAGAGAUCACUAUGGUAAAGUGCUAACAAUACCACUGGUUGAAAAUGGGUCUUCAAUAGAAGUGACCAAUGAGAACAAGAUGGAGUACGUAGAUGCCUACGUUGAUUACAUCUUUAACAAAAGUGUUCUUGACCAAUUCACUGCAUUUUCACAUGGCUUCCUUAAAGUUUGCGGAAGCAGAAUUCUCGAGCUCUUUCAGCCGUUAGAACUGCAAGCGAUGGUCAUAGGCAAUGAAAACUACGACUGGGAUGAGUUGGAAGCUAACGCCGCCUAUAAGAAUUACGACAAAAAUGAUGAAGUCAUUAAAUUCUUCUGGCAGGCAUUUAGGGAGUUAACAUUGGAAGAAAAGAAAAAAUUCCUAUUAUUCUUGACUGGUUGUGACAGAAUACCGAUACACGGAAUGAAAGCAAUCAAGCUGACCAUCCAGAUGAUGGGGGGCAGCUUAGAUUUACUGCCAGUUGCACACACGUGCUUCAACAUACUCGAUCUGCCCAGGUAUCAGACGAAAGAAAUUUUAAAGAAGAAGUUGCUGCAAGCCAUUGAGCACACCCAAGGAUUCGGACUGGUCUGACAUCCACGAACUAACGAAUUAUAUCAAUUUAUUUAUAAUUAUUAUUAAAUUUAAAAAUAUUUAUAUUUUUUUAAUCUCUUUUUCAUCAUCCGCGUUCCGUUGAAUACUUUCUUUUAAAUUGAUUCGUGAACGUUUGAUUUUAUUUUGCGAAAAUAUUAUACAUCCGUAUUUUUAGGUCAUUUUAAGAAACAGCACUAUAAUUAUAAACGAAUAUUUAAUAACAAUUAUAAACACUGAUGGCAACAAUAAAUUAAUUUAUAAACCAAACACGCAUUUCGAUUGUUAAUGGCAUAAUAUGAUUUAUAUGUGAUCAAUAUUUAACUAAUUUAUAAUUAGUAACCAGUUAAUUAUACGACUGAUUGAUUAAUUAGUUAAUUAAGUGAAUAAUUAAUUUAAUAAAUAAAUAAACGAUUGAAUAAUUGAUUGAUGAGCUAGUUUAUUUGAAGUCUGACACACUCCUUUUGUGUCCC